AUGUCUAGCAGCAGAAAAGCGACGCGACCCGUCAGGCAGCUGUCGUUACAGCAGCCCGUGCCGCGUCGACAGCAAAUUAGACGACAGAGAUCAGCGGAAGACGAUUGCAGCAAGUCUUUGCAAAUCUAUGCGAAUCCGAUUGCGCGUGGAAGAUUAGGGGCGACGGAGAAGCCCAAGGUGCGAGUUGCUUGGGGUGAUGAUCGUCAUGGCUGCGACAAUCUGGCCCAGGUGGAAGUGGUGGCUCGACAGAUCCCGAGUCGAUCUAGACCGACCACAGGUCGAUCUGGAAGAGCUUAUGCCACCACGGAGAAGGCGUCGAUCCUUUACUCGCGGCAGGAGCUUGCCGAGAGGCUACGACUCGCAUGGAAGCACCGAGAGCAGAAUAAGGCAAAUAUUGACAUCUUCCUAGCACAUGGCGUGGCAGUCGAGGAACGCUGCGAUUCCCAGUUAUCGAUGUCCAUUCCGCCGACUCCUCUUUCCAAGAAGGAGCCUAAUAACACUGUUCAGAAUGAAGAAAAAAGCCAGCAGAAUCUGGCAACGCCGAGCAAUUUGGAAGAUCGAGGGAAAGAAACGUGUGAAGAUUAUGAUAACGGAGAUGAAAGAUUAUGCGAGGCAAAGCUGGAGUCUGCGAUUCAAUUGAUUGAGAAUGAUUUGUUGACGAAAGGGGACGAGAAGGCAGCGGAAAACGUAGAAAAGAAGGAAAGAGAUAACGAGAAAUCGAAUUUGCUCAAUAAUGUGGACAUCGAAGAGGAGAAGAAAAAAAAGACACGUAUAAAUAUCGACUGCACGACUCUUCAUCUUCCAACGACCAAUCAGUCGCAGUCAUCAACCGCUUUUUCAUCAUUAAAGACAGAAAAUGCGGAUUCGGCAAAGACCAACGUCGAUUUCUCGUUGGCGAAGCAGAAGCGCGCAAGUUUUCACAGCGGUACCAAUCGCGCCUUUCUCGUGCCGAUGGUGGAGAAGUCUCCGAAAGGAGCGGAAGCGAAGAGUAAGCUUGCACUGACUAAAUCGAUCGAGAUCAGAUGCGCUUCGGCUGAUAAGACCACGAUGAGAUCGCCGAUCGACAAGAAUGUCGUUUUCACGAGAAGCUCGUCCACGGUGAGCCUGGAAAAAGCUAAAAGGACGAAUUCCGCACCGCCACAGAGGCGGAAUCUCGCAUCUGCGGCGCGUGUGCAAGUAAACAUCGUGAUCGACGCGCCAAGUCUCACCGAGGAAGUGACAGAUAAGUCGAUCGUUUGUGAAAAGAUACAGGAUGGAAAAGAUGCCGUGGAAAAGUACGAGGACUGUGCAAUGAAGAUACCACGAGGAGAGCGAUCGAUAAGAUCGGCACCUUUGAAGAGGCGAUCCAGAAGCGCGAAGAGGCGUUUUUUUGCAUCAUCGGGUCCGGGCAAGGAUGAGGAUCGCGGUGGACGAGGGAAAGCAUUCAUUGAUCCCAAAACGAGCGAUGUAAUUACGAUGGUAUCGCUGGUCAGUUCGGCUGACAGCGACAGCGACGUGGAAAAUUCGCCGGGCGACGAUAAACUUAUCAAUGAGUUGCGCAGCAAACUACCCACCACGCCUAUCAUUAAGACAUCCAUCAAUCCCAACCCCGCGACAGCGAGGAGGCCUAUCAAAGUAGUAGAGCGGACUAAUAAUGUGCCGAUGGAAACAAAAGACCAGAGGAUAUCUCUCGCGAUACCACGAAUCGAUCUCGUCACGAUUCCAGCUCCGCCGAUCGACACGUCGCUUUCGAAAGUCGAACAAUUUCCUAAAGAGGCGAUACCGGCAAAAGAGACGCCACCAGAGGUGAUACUGCCGUCGGAGCCACAUUUUCAAACGACCAAGGAAAAAGAAUGCUGGCAUCUCUACAGGCGGAUGUGUGAUAAGGGUGUGUGCGUGUCCUUCGACACAGUUCUAAGAGGCAUGCUAACACCGACGGAGUAUCGACUACGACAGAAGGAAUGUUCACAGGAUUUGCAAUGAGAUGUUGAAUUGUUUUCUUAUUGACGUUUGUAGAUACUUUCUUUAAUGAACCGAUUAUUGUUAUUUUUUGGAACCGAAUUAAUGCAAUUCGGAAACGAUA